AAGAGGAAGCUGCUCCAAAUAGCAUGGUGGCAGAAUAUCUUGAAGAAAAGAAGAAAUAUGAAGAAUUUAGGAAGCAGCAGGCAAAGAAAGGAACUUCUCGUGAAGAACAGACACUGGCGUUACUAGAUAGAUUCAAAUCAAAACUAAACCAAGCAAUAUCCGAAACACCUGAAGAUGAAGGACCUGAACCUGAAGUGGAGAACGAUGAAGGAUGGAUGUCACAUGUGCUCCACUUUGAGGACAAAACCAGAAAAGUAAAAGACGCAAGUGUGCAAGAUGAAGACACAUUUGAAAUUUAUGAUCCUCGGAACCCGGUUAAUAAGAGGAGGCGAGAGGAAAGCAAAAAGAUUCUGAGAGAAAAAAAAGCGAGGAGAUGAAAUGAGUAGUAAAACUCACCAGAUCCAAAUUGGAAAAGUACAUCGUGCACUUUCUGUCUCUGCAGAUGUCCCAAAAUAUAUCACUUACAAGGUGUGAAAAGGAAUCUGGGGUCUAAUUUGGAAGCAGUGCUAUCGCCUCCGUUUUGUGAAUUCUGAUGUAAAAUAAGCAAGUCUUCUCAGUAAAGUCCUUAGAAUCUAUUUUUAGUCAUUAUUGUUAAUAAAUAGUUCAUUUUCCACACUCUGUUCCUUUUUUAUGUAUUUGCAUAGUUAAAUAGAGGAUUUUAUAUUUACAAUCUUCUCGGAACACUGAAAACUUUUUCCAGAAGAUAGAACAAAAGGAUUUGGCAUUGCUAAAAAAUAAUGUUAUCACUCCUGGUAACAAACUCAGACAUUUAAUGCUUGUAGAAUUGGAGAGAAGCAGCAGAGAGUAUCAGCAAGCUCAGGAAAACCCCAAGAUUGGAAAAUAAUAGCAAAACCUAAAAUCUUUAGGAAGUAAUAGAUAACAAAACAAAAGUAAGAAAACCAAUUCAGGAUGAUAAAAGAUUGUGCAUGCUCAUUUGUCAGAACUUUGAAACGAGUGUAGGGGGCGAGAGGGAGGGAGGGAGGGAGGGAGAGAGAGAGAGAGAGAGAGAGAGAGAGAGAGAGAUAGAAAGUAUAGGAUGGCUAGUACUAAUAGAAUUUUUGUAGCUCAGGGUUGAACUGUGAGGUCCUUGCUGCUCUCUUCAUUUUACAGUUGUUUCAUGAUGUUCAUUGUGCACUGAUGAAGUUACCUAGCUGGAUAAUUAAGAUCUGCCAGAAAAUAAUCAAAUUCAGAGAGCACCAAGGGCUCUACAGAAUGACUAGUUCUAAUUACAUACCAUAUUUUUCGGAGUAUAAGACGCACCUUUUUUCCUCAAAAAAGAGGCUGAAAAUCUGGGUGUGUCGU